AUGGCCCCAUCAAGGGCCGGCCGACGCAAAAAGGAUUAUGACGUGGUCAUUCAAGGGCAGUCAGUGGAGAAGAUUUCUCUUGAGAUUGUCACCCAAAUAGCAGCCAAAGGGUUCUGCACAAUCGAUCCCAAAUUAGAUGAUGAGAUGUUACGUCUUGCCCGUGAGGACAUCAGCGACUUAGAUGCCCAGAGCACACUGAGACAACCGCCAGCAAUGGUCCACGAUGGCUUGCUUGGCGAAGAAGGCUCUUCAUUGAUUGCUGACUUUCUGCAGGAGGGCUUGACUGACGACAAGAAGAUUCAUCACCUGCAUGCGGUGGACAAGGCAAUGGCAGAGCUUGUGAACGUGCUACAGCUGUCUGUGAAUCAACUCGGCUGCGGCAUGUUGAGCCGAACGCAUUCCAUUCUGCACGAGACUGGUUUGGCGCCGGAGCAUGCGCCAGAGCCCACAGAGCACGAAGCCAGCUAUUGGUUGGGAGUUUUGGGUCAGAAGAAAUUGAUGGUUAUGCUCUGUUUGGGACCCGUCAGAGGGACUUUGGAGCUGCAGCCUUAUGAUGAAGAUGCUGAAGCACACGAAAUCCCCACAGUACCAGGAAGCUUUAUCAUUCUUCGAGCUGAUGGCAUGUGGCACCGGCACUGCGCGCACUCGAAAGCACAUAUUCUGAGCUGCUUCCUAGUUGGGCAGGAGGGUGGCAAACGGGCACAGGGGUCACCGAGUUGGGUGCCUCCGUGUGCACGGAGCUUGGAGCAGUGGACAGUGGAGCGAAUGAGAUAUUUGAAAGAGGUUCAGGCCAAGGCGCCAAGAGAGAAGCUCGACUUGCCUGCUGGCUGGCUGACAGCCAUGAACCACAUGUUUCAUACCGCUCAGCGCGUGGCCGUAAGAUCCAUUGCUGGCAGAUAUGCUAGCUCUUGGGAUGUGCAAGCCUGGUACAUGUCUCAGACCUCGGGUCCGGAUUUUGUUUCGGAAGUGCCGCUGACGAGAUGGGACGUAGACCUGUACUACGAUGCAGAUGUAGAAAGCUGGCGGACAAUGAAAACUCAUUCCAGACACGGAUCCUUCGUGGACGGGACAGAGUUUUUCGAUAACAAGUUCUUUGGUUUGUCGCCAAUGGAAGCAAAGGGGAUGGAUCCCCAUCAACGGGUUGUCCUCGAAGUGGGAUACGAGGCCCUGCAUGGGGCCGGAUACACCAAGGGCAAGAUGAUGAAUAAGAUCGGUGGCGUCUACCUUGGAAGCAGCAUGACUAUUUUCGGCAUGGUGUCAGAGGUCAGUGGAGCAACUGGUGCCGCUGCAAGUAUCAACUCAAAUCGCUUCAGCUUCUGCUUGGGCCUGAAGGGCCCGAGCAUGACCUGCGACACUGAUGGGUCAUCAUCGCUGACAGCAGUCCACCUUGGUGGUGAAGCAGUUCUUCAGAAGGGCCAUGGCGUGAGUAACGAGUUUUCCCUGUCCGGGGGAGUUGCUUUUCAACUGGGGCCAACAUGGUUGCCACAGAUGCAAGCAGCAGGGCUGCUUGCAGGCAUUGGCCGAUGCUUCACCUGGGAUGCGAGUGCGCAAGGAUACACGCUUGGUGAUGGCUGUGGCUUCGCGGUGCAGAAGCGAAUGGCUGACUGGGUGGAUGGAAAGCAAGUGUACAUCGAGGGUGAGCCCUUGGUCGGAAGCAUAUGCGGCAGCUCUUGUGGGAGCGUGGGUAUGGCCGCUGCCAUGCAUGCACCGCACGGGCCAUCUGAGCAGGAGAACGUUGCCCAAGCGCUACAGACCGCAAUGCUAGAUGCAGUCAACAUUGAUGCCGUGGAAUGCAACGGCCAGGGUGCGCUGCUGCGUGAUGCUGUGGAAGUGGACUCGUUGUUGCGAGUGCUGCGCGGUGACGACAUGCAGGCUCCUCUUUCCCUGACGGCGGUGAAGACUCGUCUUGGCUAUGCAACGGAGUGUGCCGGCAUCGUUGCGUUGCAUCGUUUGAUGCUGUCUGCCGUUUGGGGCGUCAUGGCACCAAACAAUCACUUGCAGCAACUGAAUCCUCAUUUGGAGUUCGAGAACAAGGCUGCGAUGCUCACAGAACCGCUCGAAACAGCACUGCGCAGCACCUACAUGGGCGUGUCGGCGCAUGGCUUUGGUGGAACGCAGGUCCAUGUCAUCUCGUAUGGCCACAAUGAGCAGAUAAGGACCGUCCCUCAACCCGAGCACAAUCGCAACGUCUUCAAUUUUUGGCCUGGUGGCGGAGGUGAGCUCGAAGAGGAGCAGCAGCCACUGCGCGGCUACUUCAUUGCAGGGACUUGGACGAAGUGGAGACCCAUCAAGAUGGAAAGUGAAGGCGAUGAGACUUAUGGGUACACACUGGUACUUGGAGAGAAUCGCUGGGAGGAGUUCCAGAUCCUUCUUGAUGGUGAUGAACGAAGGCGGCUUCAUCCAGCAUUGCCGCAAGCUUCAAAAGGUUUGGCUGUUCGUGGGCCAUCCGCGAAGGCCCGUGGCCUGAACUGGAGAAUAGAAGGCCGUGGUCGAUGGGUAGACGUGCCCACAGAUGCUGCUGAAGCAAUUGCGCUGGGCGAUUCCGAGAAGACUUCCCGAGCCAUUCUGGCUAUCAGCAAGAGCCUGGAUGAUGGGUUUCAACCAUCCGGCGAGCUUAAGUUGAUGGAAGUUGGCAGUGGUGAUGUUGGCAUGCCCGGCGACAAGUACCGUAUUCGACUGCGGAUCGCGGGGAAGUACCGAACUGUGCUGUGGGACAAGCUGCCCAAAGAAGACUACGAUGCAGCAGUAGACGCACCGGAAGGCGAUUACUACAUCGUUGGAAGCUGGAACGGCUGGUCCCCUGACCCUCUGUUCCUUCGAAAUGAGGUUUGGUCUGCCGAGGUUGAAUUGUCAAAGCCAGGGGGAGAGUUCCAGAUCCUGCGGAAUGAGGACUGGGGACAAAUGAUAGCCCCACAGCGAGAAAAAGCCACCCAUGAAGAUGCUGGUCAAGGACCGGAUCGCUGCGGCCGGUUUCGAGGUUGUGCCUGGUGUUUAGAUGGGCAACCUGGAGACGUUUUCCGGAUCUCGUUCAAGAGACAGCUAGUGAAGGACUCGUCAGGAAAGCUGGAAGACGUGAAGCACGUGUCUUGGGAGAAGGUGCGGGAGGCUAGCCCAUCAGGGACACUCGCCCUGAAACAUCCAAGUGCCCUCGGCGUUAUUGGAUCAUGGAAUGGAUUUGGCAGAAUCCACAAGAUGCACGUUGAGUCAAUGGGCGAUGAAGUUGCCUACGUCUUUUAUGUCGAGGUUGGCCAGACCGGUGCGGAAGGUUUUCAGUUCGUGAAUGAUUCCGAUUUCUCAAGAGUCAUCCAUCCUGACCGAUUAGUGGCGCAGCCAGGUGCGGCACACAGAACAAUCGUAUCUUCAUUUGGUCACAUCGACCAAGACAGAGUUUGGGCGGUCGGCUUAGAUGGUGGCUCCCAUGGGGACGUUUUCAAAGUUGACGUCGUGGCGGUCAGAGAUGCUGUUACACGUGUUACCUGGAGUGCAGUGGGCGAUGCUGCUAUACCGAAAGAUCGCGAGAUAUGCGGUCCUUUGUAG